AAUUUUGUGUGUAUUUCACCUGUAGCGUCGCUAGUUGAAGGCGUGUACAUUUGGGCGUCAGUUUUGUGAUAUUUUUGUUUGAAUGUUUUAUUAUUUAAUUCGGAAUGACUUCGACAAAUGUAAUUCGCUUGACUGCAGCACUAAUUAUCCUAAUUUGUUGCAUCGAACAAGGUUAUUCCAUAAAAUGUUGGGUAUGCAGAUCCGACUCUGAUCCAAAAUGUGCAGAUCCUUUUGAUAAUUCAACAGUUCCAAUCACAGAUUGUAAGCAAGAACCAGAUUUGGAACAUCUGAAGGGUGUACGACCUACCAUGUGUCGUAAAAUACGUCAAAAAGUCAACGGUGAAUGGAGAUACUUUCGUAGUUGUGCUUAUAUGGGUGAACCAGGAAUAGCGGGAGAUGAACGCUUUUGUCUAAUGAGAACCGGAACUUAUAACAUAUUUCUGGAAUAUUGUACAUGCAAUAGUAAAGAUGGGUGUAACUCGGCGCCUAAGGAUCAUGGAAGUUUACUACUGCUAUUACUUACUAUGGUAAUUCCAUUAGAUUAUGUACUUCAUCUUUUUUAAGAAUCGCUGCCAAAGUUAAC